AUGGGCGAUCCCCCGUGUAAGAGUGAGGUGGAGGAGGACAUUCCAGGAGAUGUCACCACAGAGAAUUCCAGUAAAAAUAUUAAGGGCAAAGCUGUAUUAUCACUAAAUUAUAAAGAAGAAGCUGAAGAUAUCAUGCAGCGCUCCUCAGGAGAAAACCUCAUUACCCUUGGUGUACACCCAGGACUUCAAAGUACAGAUCUAUUAUAUAAUCCCCCUCAUCAUGAGGGACCUUCCCCUGACCAAUUACAGAUUGUUACCAAAAAUACAGGUCAGAAAGGGGAUAAAAGCUUUCAGGGUGAUAAAGAGUUUACAGAACAAUCAAGACUUUUUUCACACAGAAGAAUUCACACAGAAGAGCAGCCAUACUCCUGUUUAGAAUGUGGGAAAUGUUUUACAAAAAAAUCGUAUCUUGUUAAACAUAAUGUAAUUCAUACAGGAGAAAAGCCAUAUUCGUGUUCAGAAUGUGGAAAAUGUUUUACAAAAAAAUCAUAUCUUGUUGUACAUAGGAGAAGUCACACAGGAGAGAAGCCAUAUUCAUGUUCAGAAUGUGAGAAAUGUUUUACAGAUAGAUCAAAUCUUGUUAGACAUAGAAUUAGUCACACAGGAGAAAAACCAUAUUUAUGUUCAGAAUGUGGGAACUGUUUUACAUAUAAAUCACAUCUUGUUGAACAUGGGAGAAGUCAUACAGGAGAGAAGCCAUUUUCAUGUACAGAAUGUGGUAAAUGUUUUACAAAGAGAACAUAUCUUGUUACACAUGAAAGACAUCACACAGGAGAGAAGCCAUAUUCAUGUUCGGAAUGUGGGAAAUGUUUUACAGAUAAAUCAAAACUUGUUAAUCAUAAGAGAAUUCAUACAGGAGAAUUUUCAUGUAUAGAAUGUGGGAAGUGUUUUAUGAUGAGAUCACAUCUUGUUAGACAUGAGAGAAAUCACACAGGAGAGAAGCCAUAUUCAUGUUUAGAAUGUGGGAAAUGUUUUACACAGAAAUCAUGUGUUGUUAGACAUCAGAGAAGUCACACAGGAGAGAAGCCAUUUUGAUGUUUUAUUUUUUUUAUGUUUUGUAAGAAGGAACUAAAAUUCAAAAACUUAGCAGAUCAAGAGAAACUAUAUUGUUUUUUAGAUAUGGGAAAUGCAAUAAGAGCAAAAAAGAAUUUUAAAUCCAUCUUAAGUUAGGCCCCUUUCACACGGGCGAGUUUUUCGCGCGGGUGCAAUGCGUGAGGUGAACGCAUUGCACCCACACUGAAUCCGGACCCAUAAAUUUCUAUGGGGCUGUGCACAUUAAUGGUGAUCUUCACGCAUCACUUGUGCGUUGCAUGAAAAUCGCUGCAUGCUCCUCAUUGUGCGUUUUUCCACUCAUCGCAGGUCCCAUAGAAGUGAAUGGGGCUGCGUGAAAAUCGCAAGCAAGCGCGGAUGCGGUGCGAUUUUCACGCACGGUUGCUAGGAGAUGAUUGGGAUGGGG